AUGGAUAAGCUUUCAGGACUCGCUUCCAAGCUCAGCGGCAAGGGCCACUCCAGCUCCGGCUCCGGCUCCGGCUCCGGCUCCGCUGGCCAAGAGGACUACGUUGACAAGGCCCUCGACGGUGCUGAGAAGAAGUUCGGUGGUGGCAAGGUUGACCCCGCGAAGAUGCGCUCAACCAACGAGAAGAUCACCGACACUGGCCGCGAGCAGUUCGAAAAGGCAACUGGCAAACACGUUCCUGAGAAGAUCUCAAACUGA